AUGAGGUUGACAUCGCUGCUGCUGGGCUGCUCGUCGGCCCUGCUGGCCGCGGGCUGCGGCGGACACGGCGACGACGGCAAGGAGUGGACCAAGGCCGAGCUGGACGAGUUGGAGGCGAAAUGGGGUUUCGAGAGAGCGACCCGGGCUCACCGGCGUAUAGGAUUCACGGGCAUCGGCUCCUUUGCCCACCUCAAGCAUGCAAAGUGCCUGACGACGCCGUCCGAGCUGUACGACAUCGCCAUCAUCGGCGCCCCCUUUGACACGGCCGUCAGCUACAGGCCAGGCGCCCGCUUCGGACCCCGUGCCAUCCGCCAGGCCUCGAGCAGGCAGACGUCGUUCCGGGGCUUCAACCCGCGCGCCAACGUCAACCCGUACGCCAACUGGGCAAAGAUCAUCGACUGCGGCGACAUCCCCGUGACGCCCAUGGACAACGUCGUCGCCCUCGAGCAGAUGUCGGCGGCGUUCAAGGAGCUCGGCGCGCGGAGGCCCGUGUCGUCGUCGCUGAGCCGGCCCAAGCUCAUCACCCUGGGCGGCGACCACAGUCUCGCGCUGCCGGCGCUGAGGGCGCUGAAGGAGGCCUACGGGGCGCCGCUCCGCGUGUUGCAUUUCGACGCUCACCUGGACACGUGGCACCCGGCCAAGUACCCCUCGUACUGGACGUCGACGCAGUUCAACCACGGGUCCAUGUUCUGGAUGGCGGGCAACGAGGGCCUGCUCUCCAACGCGUCGUCGCAGCCGUCGGUGCACGCGGGGCUGCGCACGCGGCUGUCGGGCACCGACUUUGCGGACCACGAGGACGACGCGGCGCAGAACUGGGUGCGCAUCGCCGCCGACGACAUUGACGACAUUGGCACGGCGGGCAUCGUCAAGUCCAUCAUGGACACCCUCGGCACCGAGGACCCCGUGUACCUGUCCAUUGAUAUUGACGUGCUGGACCCGGCGUUCGCGCCCGGCACCGGCACGCCCGAGCCCGGCGGCUGGACGACGCGCGAGCUGAUCCGCAUCCUGCGCGGCAUCGAGGGCCUGAACCUGGUCGGCGCCGACGUCGUCGAGGUGUCGCCCGCGUACCAGAACGCCGGCGAGGAGACGGCGCUGGCGGCGGCGCAGGUCGUCUACGAGGUCCUGAGCUCCAUGGUCAAGAAGGGGCUCGAGGGCAUGGGCAAGGAGGGCAAGGCGGCGGCCGCCGCUGCUGUCGAGGAGGAGAAGGACGAGUUGUAG